UGCUACAAGCGUCGCCAGGCUGUUAACUACCGGUUAAGCCUUGGUUACUCAACGGGUGCAAGCUUUCACGCUUACGAUAUUUGUUUGUUCUUCAUUGUGAUAUACUAUCAUUAAAUAUCGGAAAUAGUACACACGUCAAUUGAAACCCAACGUCGGGUUUCAAUUUUAGGUUAUUUACACUUUAAACAUUUUGGAUUAUGCUGUGAACUUAAAACAGUUUAUAUUUCAAUUAAUGGGGUUAAAGCCGACACGGAAUAAUAAUAUUUAAGUCAUGGCAUCCCCCAGUAGACAAGCGGCGAUUUUGUCGGAGAAGUUCCCAGACAAUAUAUCUAUCAGCGAGUUAUGUGACUGCGGAAAUCCAAGAUGUUUUGCUCAGCAAGGAAGGCGUCAUAAGCGAAGGAAGGAGGCUAUUCCAAAGCCCCGACGACUUCGAUCUUACCCGGAUGUAUCUGAUUAUAGGGACACUUUUAAACAGCCAAAUAACAUCCGUCCAAGGUCUAGCAAGAGGCCCCCGCCGUCACCGAGAGAUCCAAAUCCUCCCGCUAUGGUCUUCUCCACAAACCAGAGGGAAGACUUUAGAGCUCCUAGAGAGACGGGCAGACCCCCAGACUAUGCACCGAAAGACGUCUAUGAAGCACCGUCUGUGCCCUUAGAAAAGAACACGUUCUAUUCACAGGAGUUUACGCAGAAGAAAGCUCUACCGGACAUCCGGCGAUUUGCCGAGCCACGACGAGAGAACUUUUGCCGAACUGAUGCUAAGUUUGAUGGACGAACUACUUACAAAGAAAAACACAAGCACUGGGUUGGUCAGAAACAAGUACCGUUUGGAGAACUCCCUAGUUUCGUCGGUUCAAUACUGUUCCCAUCAAAAGAGAUGGCAAGUGACAGUGAGACUAAACAGUCUUUCCAAGGAGAGUUUGCUAAACGCCCAGACAUUAUUAGACUAGCUGAUGCUCAUAUCAAAAUGGAAGGCGAUCACAAUAUGAUGACAACAAAUAUGGAGACAUACAAGGACGUUAAGGGAGAUCACAGACCAUCUCCGAUUGUCCGCCAAUCAGAUCUUGCUAAACAUAAGCCACGUGGAAAAUUCCAGAGUGAGACUCAGUUUCGACACGACUUCCCCGGAUAUACUGGAGGUCAGCCAAAGCCACCACCGCCUGCACAGCCUGCACCUGACACGUUAGACCUCAAGUUCGAUAAUGCCCGUCACUUUGAAACAGAACAGAGGAAGAUAUACAAGGGCCAUGACGUCAUAAAGAAUCCAGUUCCAAAGUCAUGUAAACUAGAGGAUGAAUAUGUACCACCUAGUGAAACAGUUGACAAUUUAACAAGCAACAUGAGGGACUACCGCCCAAUAGAUCUGUCACGAGCUUAUAUUUCACGUGCCGUUGUUCCAGUGCAAAAGGUACAGAAAUCUGAUGCCAAAUUUGACGGUCACACAAGCACAAAAGAAUUCUUUAGAAAUUGGGGUGCUUCUCCACGAGUAAGAUACGGUGAUUUUCACGAGAAUAGGCCAUAUAUUCCACCACAGGAAAAAUUCGCAGGAGAAAGCGUAGCUCAGUCCUCGUUCACACCUAAAAAGUACCAGCCGACUAAGGACUUUCGCCCUGAAGAUAAACCCGUUAAUAGAGAAGGAGAUUUUGACUUUAACACCGUUACCCACAUGACAUAUCAAAAACCGGAAGUGAAACCAUGCCGUGCAGCAGUUUAUCUGAUGCAGCAGGAAUUAAAACGUCAACGUCAGGCUGAACAGCAGGCAAGUAACGGCACUCCAACAGGACUAACUAUUGCUGCAAAGUAGACCAUUUAGUAGGGGCUAAUAAUCCAAAAAUGACCGUCUAAAGAUGCAUGGCUUACAGUAAUAGAUUUGAACUAUUUUGAUUAUUGAGUUCAGGGUACAUAACUUUUGUUGUUGUUUUUCUUAAAUUGCGGCCAAUGUUUUCUGUGAUAUCUAUUCUGUGAUUAUACCCAGGUUAAUUUAGAUCUUUUUUUCUGUUAACUUGGGAGAUGUAUGUUAUUCUGCAUUGCAGUUAUAUGGGAAUAAUGUUUUCAUACAAAUUGUAAGGUGAGAUUAUGAACAAUAGGGUAAUGAAAGUACAUGUUUUUUACACUUCUUGGAGUUAAGUUGUGUACUACAAAAAAGGUUUAUGUUGUAAUUUUACAAAAAAAGAAACAACAAGUGACGCAUUAUGUCUUGACAUAUCUAAAGGAGAUGAAGUGCGCUAAAUUGAUAGAAGAAAAAGUGUUUAUUCAGUACAUAACACAUGAUAUUGUAAAUUGCAGGGGAAAACAGCACAAAUAAUUUAUUCUAUAUAAAAGUAUGUCAUUGUUAUCUCUUACCCUCGUUAGCAUCACUGUAACUUCUUAUUACUUUAACUCUUAAAUUACAGAAAAACAAAAGUUUCUAUGUCCAUGUCUAUUUGUUAUAUAUGACAUUGUCACGAUUUCUUCUGCUAUAAGCAUUUUUCCAUACUUUUUUACGGAUCAGGAUAUAAACCGUGAUGAAUAAAUAUUUUUUCAUGUUGCAAAAAUAAGAGAUAUUUCUAAUAGCAUCAUUUUUAUAAUAAUAAAAAAAUUGUCCAUGUAUAAUGCCUGAUUAAUGUUUUGAUUUGAAUUAAAAACAUAACGAUAUAA